AGACUUCCUUAUUGGCUUAGUUUUCCAGUCUUUCAAUGUUUGCUGUUACAACUAUGUUUACUACAAUUAACAUGGUUUAUUUCUCUUUCAGAGGAACCCGAAAGUCUGGACUAAAGAGAGGUUCUGACGAACUAUUUUCUCAGACAAGUGGAGUUAGUAAUGGUGGUGUCAUGAACCCUCACACUGACCACAGAGAUAACAAUAACGAUGCCAAAAAGGUGAAGUUGGACAGAAACCUGAACAAGCCGUCUAGAGUGGUCCAUGUUCGAAACAUUCCAAAUGAAGCUAUGGAAACUGACGUCAUUAAUUUGGGUGUUCCUUUUGGUCGCAUCACAAAUGUCCUGCUUCUGAAAGGAAAGAACCAAGCAUUUCUUGAAAUGGCUGAUGAGACAUCUGCCAUGGCAAUGGUAAAGUACUAUAACAACUCAGGAACUCCAAUUGUCAGAGGCCGCACAGUCUACGUCCAGUUUUCUAACCAUAAAGAAUUGAAAACAGACAGCAUGAAUCCCAGCUCACAGGUUUCAACCCAGGCAGCUUUACAAGCAGCCCAAGCUCUCUCAAGCCAAACCGAUACACAAGGAGGACCAAACACAGUGCUUAGAGUCAUAGUGGACAACCAGAUUUAUCCCAUCACAUUGGAUGUUUUACAUCAAAUAUUUUCUAGAGUUGGCAAGGUUCUGAAGAUAAUAACAUUCACCAAGAAUGGAACAUUCCAAGCCCUUAUCCAGUAUCCAGAUGUUAUCACUGCACAAGCAGCAAAAUUGUCUUUGGAUGGCCAGAACAUCUACAAUGGUUGUUGCACACUAAGAAUAGACUACUCCAAGCUGAACAACUUGAAUGUGAAAUACAACAAUGACAAAAGCAGAGAUUUUACUAACCCAGGUUUACCCAUGGGUGAUACAGGGUUGGAUGGUAUUGGUUUUAGAGGUUCUUUGGGUAUGAUGGGAUCUCCUUUCGCAGGUCUGUCCAGCCUAGGAUCACCACUAACAGCUGCCUUUGCAGCAGCUGCUGCUGCUGGAGGUCUUCCUUUAGGGGCAUUUGCCCUGCCCUCGGGUACUGGGGCCAGUACAACCCUAAGCCUGGCUGGGCUCGGCCUUCCAAGUCCCCAAGCAUUUGGUGGGUGUGUUCUGUUAGUCAGCAAUCUAAAUGAAGAGAAGGUCACGCCCGAUGCUCUCUUUAUCCUUUUUGGUGUCUAUGGUGAUGUUGUACGAGUUAAAAUUUUAUUUAACAAGAAAGACAAUGCUCUUGUUCAGAUGUCUGAGCCACAUCAAGCACAGUUAGCCUUGACCAACUUGGACAAGAUCAAAGUGUUCGGAAAAGAGAUUCGAGUGAACCCAUCCAAACAUCAAGUUGUUCAGAUGCCAAAGGAAGGCCAAUCUGAUGCUGGUUUGACCAAAGACUUCACUAAUUCACCUCUUCACCGUUUCAAAAAACCAGGCUCCAAAAACUAUCAAAACAUCUACCCACCAUCAGCUACACUUCAUCUUUCAAACAUUCCGGCUAGUGUCACAGAGGAGGAUAUAAAGAAAUCUUUCCAAGAUACUGGAGGGGAUGUUGUAGCUUUCAAGUUCUUUCAGAAGGAUAGGAAGAUGGCUCUAAUACAGAUGGGAUCCAUUGAAGAAGCAGUGAUUGCCUUGAUUAAAAUGCACAACUACCAGGUAACAGAAUCCAGUCACCUUAGAGUGUCUUUCUCAAAAUCAACCAUUUGAACUGGCCACCACUUCCCAACCAUGCAGCUUGUUCCAUUGGAUAUUAUGCUUCUCUAACCUGGAAACAAGAAUCAGAUUGGGGUUGGUGUUUCACGUGCGACUAGCAUCUACCAGAACUCAUCCAAUGUCAGACUACUUUAUUUGAACCCUUUCUGGAACGCUGUUUCAUCUCUCUGAGAAGUUGAUAAAUGUACCAGUUUCUAACAAAAAAACUUUCAUAUAUUAGGAGAAAACUAUUACAAUUAAAAAAAACUUUUUCAUGUGCUUGUUGGUUUUUAACCAGUUCAGAGUUUCCGUACUUUAUAUCAAAACUUGUGUAUUUUGUGCAGUUUGGUGAAAUGUCUUGUAAGGACUUUUAUAUUAUAAGGCUGUAUUUUUUCCUAGUGAAACUGUAAGUGGUUGUAUUUGACGGCCAUUUAAAUGUGUGUAAAGCUCUAUUUUCAUAUACAGUAAAGAAGUUUUUCAUGAAUCACAGAAACAAGAUCAAAAAGCACAUUACCUACACAGUGAUAAAUUGUUCAUUUUAAACGUUAACUCAGAAUUAUUUUGGUAAAAACUGAAGAAGUCUGUACUUAAUAAGUAAAAAAUUGGAUUUUAGUGAAUUUAAACUUAAGAUUGGAACAUUGCUGUCUAUUUGAUUAUUUCAGCAUGAAAAAACGUGAACAUAACAUGCUUGUAAACAAAUUGUCAAUUUUUAGUGAUAUCAUGAUUUUAUUCUGUCCACCUGUGAUUCCAUUGCGAAUGGAAACCAUUAAUAGUAUCACUUCAUGAAAGUUCUUGUUCUCACCUACUUUAUUGAUUUAAUUAGGAAUUAUAAGAACCAAUAGUCACUUGCAUAGUUUAAUCUGUAUAUUCUAACAGCUUGGAAGUGAAACAAAAGAUGAGAAAUCAUGCACUGAAGAAUGUGAUGUGAAAAUUAGACAUCAAAAAUGCCUUUUUUUUUCUUAGAGAAUUGUCAUUAAUUGCACACUGGACCAAAUUUUUCUUAAAACUUGUUUUAUUGUUAUGGACUUAGCAUUUUAUUUUGAUUAUAAAAUAUUUUUCUUAAAAAUGUUCUGAAGUGUUUUACAAUAAAUACAAAUUAUGUAACACUUGUGUGACUAAGCAGUAGCUGUCAUUUCUCUCAUUUUAACCCUGAUUCUCAAUUUGUUUUGUUUCUAGUAUUUGGAGAUUUUUCAAACACUUAAAUAGUAUAUUAUUUACAGCCAGAUUUUGUUAUAUAUGUCAUCUAUAUGGCUUUCAUUGUUACUACAAGGCAUGUGAUUGGAGGUCAAAGAUUCACAAACCUCUAAAGCUUAAUGUAUUUACUCACUAGCUACAUAACUUGAGAUUGACCUUUUGUUUUUCACGAUAAGUAGAAGAAAAAUUCCAGUUUUGCUUGAUAAAAUUCAAGAUGUGAGAAAACUCGUUCAUUUUAAGGUGCCUUCAUUGACAAGCUGGUGUUUUUUUUCCUAACACCUUGCUAAGAAUAGAGCUUUAAAUCUCGGUUGUAUUGGAGAGAUCAAGUUACUGAAAUAAAAUUUGUAUUUUAGCACAUUCCUGUCAUUCCAUUUAAAUGAGAGAAUUUAGUUUGAAGUAAUACAGUCAGUUUACUUACACAAGCACAGAAGACUUUUUUUUUUUUUACAUAUCUCAUUAGAUCAUAUAAAGCUUUUUCUCAGUCUUUGAUAUUGACAACUGUUUGGUUGACGUCCAUCUAUUUUUGGAAUGGUUUGGAUAUUUCUACAUGUGCAAACAGUAGUGUAAGGUAAUUGUUUAACACCAAUACAGUUUUGUUAGUACAUGUAUCCACUAUUCUUUUCUCCAUAUCUACAGUGUACUGUUGUUCUUUUCAUUCCUGUAACAAGGUGAUAUUUUAUUUCAUGGGGAAAUUUGUUUCUUAUGUGUUUGUAUUAUCAAUGUAAUCCUAAAAAGACUAAGUGUAUGAUCAUAGUUUUUCAUUUAUGUGUUCAUAUUUGGUCAGUUUAUAAAAUGCCAAGUUGAGCUUUUCUUUCUUUCUCUCCAUGAUUGUAAUGGGAUCGUUUGUAGCUUGGGCACUCUUUCUGUACAUUUAGCUUCACUAUGUUAUUAAAGUUCUAACCUUA